CAAAGUAACAGUUAACCAUAAUAACUAAGUUCUGUAAUUCAUGCCUUGCUUCUACCUCACCUUUUGUUUGUCCUAUGUUGAAGUAUUAUAAUUUUGUGAAUGUACAGAUACGGACAAAACUAUGUUCAGAAAAACGAACUACCACCUACAUGAUUCCGUCUAAAUAGCCAUUCCUAGAUCCAACUUCUCUGGGCCUCCUUUGUCUCCCUUCAACACACUUAUAACUUCCCAACACUGUGCCAACUGCAAUGUCACAAUUGCACAUUAACACUACAUAAACCACACUCACCCGCAAGGGUAUUUCCGUCAUUUCACAUACUACAGUCCAAUUGGACCAGUUCUGUGUCAACUGCAAUCCAAGGAUAAGCAUACAUUUGCAGCAACAGUGUCAUUUCACAGUGAAAUUCUCUUUCUUUCUUUCUUUCUUUUUUCUCUUUGGUUUGAUAUCGCAAGAUCGUUGGCUACUUGGAGUCCGAACUUGUAACGUAUUUCGCCGGAAUAUUCCUCCGGGAAAUGGGGUUUCUCAUUAGCCACUGAGGAUUAACAAAGAUGGGUGAUGGAGAAGAAUUCGCCGGAGCUUCGGGUCUGCGGCGAGCGGUGGAGCUCAUCCUUGCUGUGCUCUCUCUCUCGCACUCGAUUCGUGUCUUCGCGGGAAAAUGGCAGCUCAUUCGUAACAAGCUGGAGGAGCUUCACGGAGGUUUAGUUGCCGCCGAGAACUGCGACUCCGGGGAGAGCCCGUCGCUUUCACGGCUGGUGGGGGCGGUGGCGGCCACCGCGACGGAAUGCCACGAUCUGUGUCGGCGCUGCGUGGAUGUUUCCUACAGCGGGAAGCUUCUGAUGCAGAGCGAUUUGGACGUGGCGUUCGCGAAGCUCGAUGCGCACGCGAGGAAGCUCUCUGAGAUAUACAAAAAGGGGAUUUUAACAAAUGGGUUCGCGCUGGUUGUGUCAAAGCCGAGUCUUGGCUGUUCGAAAGAAGACAUGAGGUUCUACGUGAGGGACUUAACGACGAGGAUGAAGAUUGGAGAUUUGGGGAUGAAACGACAGGCGUUGCGGAACCUCCUAGAAGUUGUGCUGGAGGAUGAAAAGUAUGUGAAGGUGGUUGUUGACGUGGGUGACGUGGUUCAUUUGUUGGUGGGGUUUUUGGGUUCUAAUGAGGCUGAAAUCCAGGAGGAGAGUGCUAAGGUGGUUUCUGUGGUUGCUGGGUUUGAUUCUUACAAAGGGGUUUUGGUUGGGGCGGGGGUGAUUGCUCCUUUGGUUAAGGUUCUGGAUUAUGGGAGUGAUUCGGGGAAGGUUGCGGCGGCGAGGUGUUUGGUGAAGUUGACUGAAAAUUCGGACAAUGCUUGGUGUGUUUCGGCUCAUGGGGGGGUCAGUGUGUUGUUGAAGAUAUGUGGUGGUGGUGAUUGUGGAGGUGAUUUGGUCGCACCUGCUUGUGGGGUGUUGAGGAAUCUCGUUGGUGUUGAGGAGAUUAAGAGGUUUAUGGUCGAUGAGGGUGCUGUGUCAACUUUCAUUAAGCUCGUGAGAUCGAAGGAGGAAGCGAUUCAGGUGAAUUCGAUUGGGUUUAUUUUGAGUAUUGCCUCUGGGGAUGAGUUGGUUAGGGAGAUGGUGAUCAGAGAGGGAGGGAUUCGUGCUUUGUUGCGUGUUUUGCAUCCUAAGUGGUCUUAUUCUUGUAAAACCAGGGAGGUAGCAAUGAGGGCUGUUGAGGAUUUGUGUUUCUGUUCACCUAGUUCUGUGGGUGUGUUGAUGAGUUAUGGCUUUGUGGAUCAACUGACAUACUAUAUUCGAAAUGGGGAGGUUUCGAUUCAGGAGUUGGCAUUGAAAGUGGCGUUUAGGUUGUCUGGAACAUCUGAGGAGGCCAAGAAAGCAAUGGGGGACGCAGGGUUUUUGCCAGAGUUUGUUAAGUUUCUUAAUGCAAAAUCCUUUGAGGCUCGAGAAAUGGCAGCCGAGGCACUCUCUGGCAUGGUUACGGUGCCUAGAAAUAGAAAGCGAUUCGUGCAGGAUGACCAUAAUAUUGCCCUUCUUCUGCAGUUGCUUGAUCCAGAGGAGGGAAAUUCUGGUAAUAAAAAGUUCUUAAUCUCUAUAUUAAUGUCUUUAACGAGUUGCACUAGUGGGAGGAAAAAGAUUGUUAGUUCUGAAUAUGCAAAAAACAUAGAAAAACUCGCUGAAGUUUCUUCUGAAGCCAAGAAACUUGUCAAGAAGCUAUCCACAAACCGAUUCCGAAGUAUGUUGAAUGGAAUCUGGCACUCAUGAAUGUAAUUCAUUUUUUUUCCUUCACCCUUUUUCUAACUGUAUAUUUGCAUAAGUGCCUUACAAGUUUUGCUAAUUUGUGUUCACCUUAUUGGUAUGCUUUCUGUUUUAUUUCAUUGGCCUUACCUUCAACAAGAAUAGCACAGCUAUAUGUUGAGAUUGUAACCAGGUGUAGUGAUAAAGUGAUACCAUAAAAGCGUUGUUGUAGAUUUCCUUGAGGAUACUCUGCCACUGCUGUUAGGCCAAUGGCUAUGGCAGAUUGUACCAAAGAAGUAAAGAAUUAUAUUAUAUGGAAGAAAAGGAAGAAUGUAAUUAAUUACUAGUUACAUACUGUUAUUCUUAAUUUCUCAUUCACAUACCUACCAACCUACCUCAGUUUUUGUUUGGCAAAGUUCCAAAAACAUUAGUUUGUGCAUUUGUGAACUGUGUGGUACCACAUGGCGAAGACGUCAAUCUUUGGCAAGCAUGUGAGUAGUAGUGUAAGCCUUUCUUUUCUCUAUCCGGCAUAUAUAUAAAGAAGAUAGUGAUAGAUGAAGUUUCCAUCUGUAUUGCUUUGUCUUCUAGCAUGCACUGUCUUUUGGCUAUAGCUAUUUCAUAGUUGUCGAUGAAGAAUUUGCACGUGGCAAGUGCCAAUCGUUAUUAUCAUGAUGCCCGAUGACUCUUACAGAUAAGGGAAAAAAAUGAUCCUCCAUCAUCCCCCCUUUGUUUAUUCUUCUGGUUUUAGUACUUUCAAGCUAUAAAAUAGUGACACAGUGAAAAUGCAAGUUCCUAAAACUGGAGUUCCGUGAAUGAAUGGAAAUCUAUGAUCUUGGUUUAGUUGUGGUGGUGGUGGUUGGAAGAAUUGGCUCUAUUUCUCAUGUUGUUUGUGCCAACCAAUGCUAAAUCACUAUGUAAGCUGAUCUUGGAAAGUGUUAAUGGAAGCCUUGGAACGCUAUUUGGUUCAACAUUCAAACUUGAAUAAAUUAUUUUAGUUCAAGUGUUGGGUUUUGCAGUUGCAAAUUGUGUUGUGUUGAACAGUUAAUUGCAUGUAUUGGAGGUUCUUCUUUGUCGGUGAAAA